AAAAGCUACUUCAGCCUCAAAGCUCUGAAAAACCCAGUAACGUUAGCCUACCGAAGGGCAUCCAGGAGCAGAGAUUUUCUGUGAGAAACCACCAUCCGUAUGUGAGCUGCUCCACUAACGGGAGAACCGAUGUGAUGGCGGGCAGCGCGGAUGAAUCGUGGAUUUCUGCCUGACAGGCACCAGAAUCUUCUGUCGGAUUAGUUCAUUUACUUAUUUAUGGGGGAUUUGCAUUUACCUGCUAAAAAAUGCCUUUUGCCAAACGGAUCGCUGAACCCCAGCUGCUGUGCAGACACCCCAUCCCUAAUGAUGAAGGGUUACUAUUCGAGGAUCUGUGCUCCAUCAGCAAUGUGGCUCUAUCCCGGACCCUGCGGCAGCUCUCCGACUUGGCUAAACACGCCUGUUCCUUGUUUCAGGAGCUCGAGAACGAGAUCGUCUCCACAAACCAACGGGUUUGGGCUCUGCAGAACAAAAUAGGCAAAAUCCAGCAAACCGCUGGUGCGCUGGAUCCAAAACUGGAGGCUGUGCGUUUCAGGAGAAAAAUCUGUAUGGCGGUAUCCAAUCUGGACAUUGAGAGUAAAUUGACUUCCCACUAUCAGGCUCCAUGGCAUCAGCAGCACAAUUUGUUUCACCCUUGUACACGGCCACCAUGCUUGGAGGAGUUACACCGACAUACCAAGUUCAACCUGCGGGCGCUGCACAGAGACCAGCAGCAGCGCCAGCUUUCAACCAGCAGAGAACGUGGUCGGGUUACCAUAUCUAUUUCUGUGGCUCCGCCCAUGCCAUCCCUCCCUUCAACUCAAAAACUCAGAAGGCGCGAGCAGAGGGGCAGACACUCACGUCUGGAGAGGAGCAUUAGGGAAAAUGAUGUGCAAACUAUCCAGAGGAAGGAGAGGACAGUCAAGGAGGCUGAAUUUAAACCAGUCCUCAGAAAGGCUGGUACCAACACAGAAACAGAUGGAGAAAUUCCAGUGUUAAGCCACAGGCCCAAAUGCCCUGUUCCCAAUGUCCCUACAACCUUGGACAAACAGACCAACUGGUGCAAAGCUCUGCCUCUACCCACACCAGAAGAUAGAAUUAAGAAUGAGUCUCAAGUGAUUUCAUCCUGCAUAAUUCCCAUUAAUGUAACCGGUGUUGGAUUUGACAGAGAUGCUAGUGCUCGCUGCUCUCUUGUUCACUCACAGUCUGUUCUACAGAGGAGAAGGAAGCUGAGGAGGCGAAAAACGAUCACUGGUAUCCCAAAACGAGUACAACAGGACAUGGAUUCUGAUGAAUCACCUGUAGCAAGAGAAAGAACAGUGAUUAUUCAUGCCAACCCACACAAGUCCCUGUGGCAUGAGGAUCUAUCCCUGAGUGGCCGUGUUUUGCACACCAGGGACUCUGGCUGCCAGACAGAUGACUUCCUGAUUGCUGCUCCAUCUCGAAGGCGUAUCCGUGCUCAAAGAGGUCAAGGAAUUCCAGCUUCUCUUUCACACUCCACAGGGAACAUCACAUCCCUGCCAGAUCGCUCUGAUACCGGAUAUGCAGCGGCAUCAGCUACACGUGUCCGUUCUAGAAGUUUACCCCGUGAGGGUGGCAGGCUUUUGGAUGAGGACCAAGAUGAUAGUGAUGAGGAUGAGGAUGAGGAUGAUGAAGAGGAAGAUGAGGAGCUCUCGCCUUACGAGACAGAGGACUUCCUGCAUGGUCCAGGACAGAGAAUUUCAAAGGAUGAAGAGGAGAGUACUGAUGAUCAGGCCAUGCCAGAGCUCCAGUUUGGGAGUCUCAAGCAUAUGCAGCAGUCUGGUAGCCCUGACCACACGUGGAUUGAGAGAGGCAGAUCUAGGCUCCCACGCAAAGUUGACAUGGGGAGCUGUGAGAUUUCCUCUAGCUCUGAUACUUUCAGCAGCCCCAUUCACUCUGCCUCUACAACAGGAGUGCUUGGCAGCCAGAUCGACCAUAAAGAGGACCACCAGUCCUCAAGUGGCAACUGGAGUGGAAGCAGCUCCACAUGCCCAUCGCAGACCUCUGAGACUAUUCCACCUGCGUCCUCACCUCCCCUGACUGGAUCUUCACACUGUGAUUCAGAACUUUCCCUCAAUACUGGGUCCCAUGUCAUUGAUGACACCACUGGCUUUAUAAUUGACCCCUAUCACAUAGACAAGCCACAAGGACAGGGCCACAGAUCCAAUUCUUUUACCUCAUCUGCCACCGAUCAGAUGGAUGAUGCAGGGGUCAGUACUGCUAGUGAUGGUGAGUGGAACUGCACCCAGGACCAGCAAGAUCAACUGUGCCCCCAAGACUUCAGCCCAAAGCAUUCCAGAGAGGAUGAGAGUGGUGUCAGCUGUCCCAGUUAUUCCAGUGGAGAAACUUAUGAGAGCUUCAAUGAACAACCAUGCACUGGGAAAUCAGAGUCGCACUAUAUUGUCGACACUGAGGGAUUUUAUUCCUCCAUGCACUUUGAUUGUGGUCCUAAGGGUAGCAGAAGCUACUACAACUAUGCAGCCAUUGACCCCGACUGUGGCCCAAGUGGGAACAUAGCACCUGGCAUGGGGGAAUACCCUCAGUCUGAAUAUAGAGCCACCAGAACAUUGGGGAGAACAUGUCUCUCCUUAAGAAAACCAAAGGCCAAGCCACCCCCACCAAAACGUAGCUCUUCAUUAAAGGAAACAAGUAGUGGUGUAAACGUUCUAGAGCAGAACGAACCAAAGAUUUCUAGCGAGCUACCACUGCCCUUGUCUUCCAGGGAGAUGAAACUGCAGCUGGACUUGGCUGGUUCUGCAGGGCACCUUGAGGCUGCAGGUCUUGAGUCACUUGGCGCAUGGGGAGUGGACAAUGUUAGGGACAUACUUGACUGCUCCUCUCCGUUCAACUCCUCUGACACACAUUCCUUCAAGGAUGAUGGUGCUGUGCAAGCAGACUAUGCAGACCUUUGGCUCCACAAUGACUUGAAAUCGAAUGACCCUCACAGAUCUUUGUCCAACUCCAGCGCGGGUACAACUGUUAUUGAAUGCAUCAAGUCACCAGAAAGUGCAGAAAUGCAAGCCUAUCAACCCAGACCUGCUUCUCCGACUCUUCCUCCACCUAAGGGUGACAUCAAGUUGGGUUCCCCUGAAAAGCUGGCAGGCUUAGCGUCCCCUUCCAGUGGAUAUUCCAGCCAAUCCGAGACACCUACAUCUUCCUUUCCCUCCGCUUUCUUCCCAGGGCCUCUUUCUCCAAACAGUGGCAAGAGGAAACCCAAAGUCCCUGAAAGGAAGUCUUCGCUUUGUUCCUUGCAACAGCCACAGCUUUCAGUCAGAGACCCAGGUGUCUUCUUUAGGAGGGAAAAUGACUUCCAUCCUCCCCCUAGUCACCUCGACCUAAGUGCUCUUCACAGCAAACAUUUCAUUCACAGAAAUCAGAUGCACAUCCUUCACCAGAAUAAGCAGAAAGCUGCAAUAGCUGCGGCUGCGGCUGCAGAAGCCCGAUCUGCAGCAGCGGCUGCGGCUGCUGAAGCCCGAUCUGCAGCUGCGGCUGCUGAAGCCCAAACUGCGGCUGCGGAACCUCUCGCUGCUGCAGAAUCUCACACCACUGCCACAGCAUCAACUAUAGAGAGUGCACCAUGCCCAGCAUCCACUUCAGCCCAUUUGGCCAUCACUCCAACAGCUCUUAGAUCAGUGCAACUGCGUUCAAUUUGUAGACCACCUGAAGGGAACCCAGGGUAUGAUCUUACCAACAUAAAUCCAGUUACACAUCCCAAGUGUCCCACAGUGAUAAGUGAUACGCUGUCAUCUGGCAACAGGCAAAAAAGGAAACCACCAGCAUACAAACCCCCAGCAUCACAGAUCUGUGAGUCCCAGGUUCCACUGGUGGAACAUGUUGAUGAGGUGAUAAGAGUGAGACAGGAGAGGCUUGGUCCUGGUACAUACUGGGCAAUGACUGCUUUCAGAAAACCUGUUCUUGAAAAAGAUGACUUUGCAACAAGAUCAUCUCAGAGUACUGGGAUGCACAGCUCGCAGCCAGAAAAAGAUAGCAGAAGGUACAUGGAUAAGCAACUUGCAUUAUCUCCAGAGAGACCUAAACAUGAACUAAGUCAAACUUCAUGGCCAGACCUUUCAGCAGAGCCCAUGUGUCUGGCUAGCACCAUGCCACCCCCAGCUUACAGUGAAAUCCAGAGAAGCAAUUUUUUACUGUGCAACAGUCCGGAAAAAGUGCCUGUUUCAACUCAAGAGGCAUCGCACACUUACUCAAUCAGCGAUGUGCUAGGCAGAGAGGAGGAUUAUGGGAUUAUAUCAGGUGUUGCAACCAGAAGUGCCUCACAGGACAUAAGAGAGGAAGAGUCAACCCCGGACACAGAGGACUACUUCAGCAAGGAAUCAACUCCCAGUGACAAUUCAAGCUCUCCUUUGACUGAUGACUCAAAAACUGAUGAUGAUAGUGUUUUCUUAUCACCCAACAAACUACGCACAACUGAAGAUCUGUUUGCAAUGAUACACAGAUCUAAACGGAAAGUGCUUGGACGCAAAGAUUCCGGGGAGCUGAGUGUAAAAGGUCGGCCAGGUGUAGUGCCUGCAACACCCCCUGUCACCAAUCCUACUGUAUGCCCAGUUACACCUGCAGCCGCAGCCUCCCCAAACAUCUCCCAGCGAGCCUCAGGACCCAUCUACAGGAGUGCCAAAAAGUCCAUCACAUCCAGUGAGGAGUUUAAACUCCUGCUGCUAAAGAAGGGUAGUCGCUCAGACACAAGUUACCGUAUGUCUGCAACAGAGAUUCUUAAAAGCCCCAUCACACCCAAAACCCAAGGAGACCCAUUAUUAGAUGCUGCAAUGCAACCAGAGGACCCCUCCUCAACCCUACAGGAUUCCUCUAGCAGCGUUGAUUCACUUCCAAGUCCGUUUCCUAAGGCCAACAGUGAAGGUUUCUCCCCAAAAACACUGACCAUGUCAGCUGCCUCCAGGCAGGGACGUUCCAGAAUUCCACCUGCGGCAAACAGCAGCCGCUAUAGUACACGGAGUCGGCUUUACACAGCCCCAAUGCAGGCCAUAUCGGAAGGAGAAACCGAGAACUCGGAUGGUAGUCCUCAUGAUGACCGCUCUUCUUAGUGGCAUAUUUUGGUAAUUCUUUAAUAACAUUUGGGAGUGCUGUACACAUAUGAUCUACCUUAGUUUUUCCUUUAAAAUAUUUGUUGUAUUGAAAAGACAUGAUUGAUUUUGUUAAGCUCCUUUUGUACUCUAUAGGUCAAGUGAAGACUUGGAAAGCAAAUUGUUUGUGGAUUGUUGACAUUUUUUUGUGAGAUUGGUUACAAAAUUAGGUAAAAUCUAAUGUAUGACUGUAACAAGAUACUAAAAAGUGUUCACUUUUUAAAAUAUACAUAUAUAUAUUUUAUUAAAAAAAAACACUAUUUCCAUAAUCCAUGAUUCAAGGUGCAGAACAGUAUAGUUUACAGACAAGAAUAUGUGGAUAUAAAGGCAUACCGAGGACAAUCGCACUAUGGCAUCUUAAGUGAAGGUGUCCAAGCAUGCUAAGAACAAGACUAAGAAAGCCAUGGAUUAAAUGACCAUGAGUUUAGUUGUGGACUGGUGGGUAAAACCUUAAGGAGCAGUUUCCCGGACAAGGUUUAGAUUAAUCCAGGAUUGGACUUUGUUACAAUAUAUAAGGACAUUUAAGUAGUUUUUACAAACAUACUGGCAUGCAUCUUGAGACAAAACAAUGGCACUGAUAUAAGAUAUGUCAAUUCAUGAAUAUCAGCUGACGUCACUCACAUCUCAAACUUGUCUUCCGCCAUUUUGAGUACCUGAAGUGGUCGCAAAAGAACUAGAAGCUAUGCCUUCAAUAUGUUGUGAGCAUCAAAAUCGCUAUUUUUCAACACUAAGUAGGCUCGGCACAACAUGAUACUUUACUCGAAGUAUCACCUGUGUCUCUACACGUGAACUCGAGCAUUGAGAACAUCUUGCCAGUCAAGAUGUAUCGAUCUUCGAAUGCGACGUAAGGAGGGAGGAGAGUAAAGAUGGAUAGCUCCUAAAGCAUAGCUCCAUAUAAAUGCACGGAUAAUUUGUUGUCUUGUCGCAAGUGAAAAACAAUACUGACCUCUAGUUGAAAAAGGAGCCUCAUAUGAGAUUAAUUCAUUCGCAUUCGGAAAUCAAUUUUUUACGUCUGGCAAAGACAGCGAGCGGACAACAUAACAGCCAAAGUCAGUUGUUCAAAACCUUUCUUUUUAGUCAACUCUGUGUACACAAACAAUGUUCUCAAUGUUCGCGUAUCAUUUGAUAGAGUUCCAGGUGAUACUUUGACCAAAGUUUCAUGUUCUGUCGUGCCUUCUUAGUGUUGUAAAAAUAGUGGUAGUUCGGUAGCAGCGGACAGCGGGUGGAAGAACGCAUCAGGGAUCGAGUAGGCAUCACACAGUCGAGGUGCGAAAUUUUUUUUCGUAGCCAUUUCCCGUAUCCGUAAAAAUAAUAGACAGUAAAAGAUAAGAAAUCCGUAAAUCGUAGCAAGCUAGCCAAUGCUUGUCAGUAGCCUACUGGUACUCGGUAGGUAGUCAAGAUGGGGGCAGGCAACUGGAAUGACGUAAAAGGUCACAUGACUGAUAUUCAUGAAUACAUUGAAAUGAAGGCAGCUAAAACAUGCAUUUUAGUCUGGGACUAGGAAUAAGCCCUGUACGGGAAACCGACCCUAAAUUAUUUUGCACUUAAUUUACUUAUCUGAUUCCUUGACAUACAACUGACAUGAAAUACUGUUACAGAGUUACUUCUGGAAAUCAAGGCGUUUGAAAGUAAUCCAGUUUUACUUUGACUCCCUGUGUGUUUUUAUUCAUUCUGCUUAAACAUAGGAGUGUCAAACAACAUUCCAUUAACUUACAGAAAUUAAUUUAUUCUCUUUACCUGUUGUGUUAACUUUUUCUUCAAAAACCCAAAUUGGGUUGUGUAUUUCGGUCCUAUUUUUCAGGUGUCAUCAUGAAUUUUGACAACCAGAGUCCGAUGGAAGAUCAUUGUAAAUUCACCUCAGUCUCAAUGUAUUCUGUGAAUACCCUUAAAAUCAACACUGUUCGUUAAACUAUUCGAAGGUCUCUGUUCAGAACUCAUAAGAUUUAAGUAGAUUUGUCAAGCUUACACUGUGCCACAGAUGGGAAGAUGACAAGCUGUGAAAAGAGAAAUCCGUUCUUUAUGUUUUUUUCAUUGUUUUUCAUCCUUUGUACAGCAUGCAAUAACACACUAGAACAGAAAAUUGUAUUUUCAUUUUCACUUAAAUAUGUUGAGUAUGUGCAAUGUUCAGUAAAUGUACAAAAGGUGUAGGAUUUGUUUAAAGUUUGCGGUUUUACAUCACUGUAUACACAGUUUGAGCUUAAUCCCUAAAGUGGAUGAAUUGGACAAUCUUUAGAGAGUUUGUGUGAAAGAGAAGUGCUUGGGGCCAUUUUAUAGACAUAUAUAUUUAAAAGAUUAUAUAAAUAUAGUUAGGGAGUAAUAUACAGUGAAUACUAUUUAAUAACACAAUCUCUGGGAUAUAGAUACUGUAAAGACAAAGGUAAAGUUCAUUGCUCAUCUGUAUAUACAUGGAUGUUUCACAUAUAUUUCCGGCAUUGUUGUUGGUUUGUCAUGUACUGUAUGUUUAAGGGGUAUGAAAAUGUAAUUAUUUGUAUUGUUUUAUUUCCGAAUAGUCUCAUAGACCUCAACUGAUUUAGUUUGGGGCAGCAACGCACCUGAGCCACGUCUAUUCUGUUAUUUUUUUUUUUUUAUUAAUACAACUGUCUGUUGGUUGUUAGCUUUGCAUACUUUUGGAAGUACAGACUUUCCUUUUUUCUUGUGUCCAUGUAUUAAAACUAAAUCUAUGAAAUCUUCUUUUAGAUUGCAACAUUUAAUAGAAAAAAAAUAUUUUUAAUUAUGGGAUAUUUUAUCCAGAGAAUUAUUUUGUUAAUAAUAAAUUUGGAAAAGAACAACGAUAAAGCUUUAUUUAAAUAAAAUAAGAAAAUGUACUAUUUCAUAGCAGGGGUGUAUCGGCCAAUGAUGAAGAUACUUAACUUGUAAACAUUUCUAAUUCGCUGUAAACUUGCAUUCUUAUCAAAUAAGCUGUAUAUGUUAAACAAUUAUAGUUAAAUAUUUUGGUGCUUUAAAUUAUAUAGCUACCCAGGCCAUAUUCUUGCCAUCCGAAAAAGAAAAGGUUUAUUACCGUCAAGAGGUUUUCUUUUGAUAUUUUUCUCUGGAAAUUCAAAUAUGUAGCAAUGUGUAUCUUGUUUUUAUUUUCAUGACACACUACAGUAGCCACAUUUGCGGUGUCACCUGAUGUAUAGUGAAGCUGAAAAGACAAUUCAGGCCUUACCUGCACUCUAAAAACUUUGGGUCAAAAGAGGAUAAACCUAACCUAACCUGUUGGGUUGUAAUUUUACCUCAGUGUUGAGUGAAAUGGAAAUAUUUAACCCAACGGCUGGGUUUGUCCCUAUUUGACCCAACACUGGGUUAAAAAUAACCCAGCAUUUUUUUAGAGUGUUUAUCUUAUAAAAAACACAACGAGGGAAUUUUGUUAUCUCUGUCAUAGUUCAUUUACCUCAACCAAGCUUUGGACUGUUUUAAAGGUAUUUUUUCUGCAGUAAUCAUAUCAGUCAUUACAGAAUGAAAGAAAAAUGAAAUGACACAUUAAAAAAGCAAAGACACACUCUCCAUGACGAGAAUUAUUUUAUUGUUUACUUUCCUUUGUUGUAACUGAAGUAUAAUAAUACAUCAUUGACUUCUGUGUUUAUAAUUUUUCUAGACACACUGUUGCCGAAUGACUCUGUAUUCAUGGAGAAGCACAGCCUGCUUUUGCCAAAGGGUUUCAGAUGUGUAUUUGGUAUGAAAUAAAUACAAAUUGUAAUGGAUGAACAAAUAAAAAUGUAUUUGAAUAAGAUGCAUCUCAUUCAGUUACAAUAAACAGGAAACAAAUCUCACUCAGCAUACAAGUUCCACUACAAGAGAUUUGAAUCCGUUUUGUAUUUUUGUAUAAACUUGUACAUACGAAAUUUCUAAAGUUAAAAGACAAAACCGUUUCAUUUUGUAAAAUGUUUUAAAAGUUUACAUUUAAUUCCAAGCCUUUGUAUAUUUUUGAGCUGUGCAACACUUUCAGUCCUGUAUUUAUUUUUUAGUAAACAUUGUGGGAAUUCCAUUGUAAAUUUUAACCAUUUCUUGCCAGCUCACGUGGCUGCUUCGUAACUGUGCAUAGAGAAAGCCAAUAAAUGUGACUGCAUUGAGAAACGA